GCGUCUCUCACUAUAAAUCAGCGGAGAGUUGUCAUUUCCAUUCCAGUUCUGAGCAGAGAAUGUAAGUCCGAUCUCUGCCGGGGCCGGCGGGGGGGGGGGCAGAAGAAGUAUGUUCUCCGACAGACGCCAGCCAAGGAGCACUGACCAAUCUCCGACCUUCCUGGAGGUCGUUCGAUCCGGUUCUUUGGCGUCACGGCGCCCCGGGCAGUGAAAGCGGAAAGUCUGCCUAUUUCUUACGACCACGACGGCUUUCUUUUGACUUUUUUUUGGGGGGAAAAUGUUUUUCUAAGAGGAAGAAGGAUUAUACGGCGUUGAGUGGCAUCUUGAUAUAGCGCGGUCAUUUACCCCGUAGGAUCCCGACGCGCUUGGCGGAGUCCCUGUGACAGAAGGCGUAUUGGUUCUGAUCCAACGUUUUUUGUUUUUUUUCGCCAAAUAUUUUUUUUGGGGGGUCUUCGUUGAUGGCGCUGGGCGAGGAGAUGCUGGACGAGGUGCUGAACCUUCCCUGGGAAUACAUGAACGGCAGCUUUUCGGGGAACGCCAGCCGAAUCAACGAAUCUCUGGUGAACCGGACCGAGACCGGAACGCCGCCGUUCCUCACCGACGCCUGGCUGGUGCCCCUCUUCUUCGCCCUGAUCAUGUUGGUGGGGCUGAUUGGGAACUCUCUGGUCAUCUACGUCAUAUCGAAGCACCGGCAGAUGAGGACGGCGACCAACUUCUACAUCGCGAACUUGGCCUCCACGGACAUCAUGUUCUUAGUGUGCUGCGUGCCGUUCACCGCCACCCUCUACCCGCUGCCCAGCUGGGUGUUCGGAGACUUCAUGUGCAAGUUUGUGGCCUAUUUACAGCAGGUGACGGUCCAGGCGACGUGCAUCACCCUGACCGCGAUGAGCGCCGAUCGAUGUUACGCCACUUUAUAUCCGCUGAGAUCUCUGAGGCAUCGCACCCCGAGGGUGGCCAUGAUCGUCAGCAUCUGCAUCUGGAUAGGCUCCCUCUUGCUCUCCACCCCCAUCAUCCCCUACCAGAAGAUCCAGAGGGGGUAUUGGUACGGGCCGCGCACCUACUGCAUAGAGCAGUUCCCCACAGACACCAUGAAGAAGUCUUGUAUCCUCUACCAGUUCCUGGCCGUCUACCUCCUUCCUCUUCUCACCAUCUGCCUCUGCUACUCCCUGAUGCUGAAGAGAGUCGGCCGACCCGUGGUGGAGCCCAUGGACAACAACUACCAGGUGCAGCUCCUGUCGGAGAGGACGAUCGCCAUGAGGAGUAAAAUCUCGAAGAUGGUGAUCGUAAUCGUCCUGCUCUUCACCAUCUGCUGGGGCCCCAUCCAGCUCUUCAGCCUCUUCCAGGGCUUCUACCCGGGGUUCCAGGCCAACUACGCCACCUACAAGAUCAAGACCUGGGCCAACUGCAUGUCCUACGCCAACUCCGCCAUCAACCCCAUCGUCUACGCCUUCAUGGGCGCCAGCUUCCGCAAGUCCUUCAAGAAGGCCUUUCCUUUCAUGUUCCGGAAUAAAGUGCGGGACGGGAGCAUCACCUCCGGGACGGUGAACAACGAGAUGAAGUUUGUAGCCAUGGAGUCCACAAACAAUGAACUCAAGUGAUUGGUGGAGGGUGAUGGAGGGGGAGGGACUUAUGGCAGCGUAUUUGGACUGCAGAUUCCUUACAAAACAUCAUUUUCAGGAAGGCGUUUCGCCGCGACAGACCCGAUGCACAGGCAACCAUCCCGAAUGCCGCAGAUCUCCCGGAGAGGGAUUUAAUCAGGAAUUUUAUCAGCCGAAUGUUUUUUUGUUUUUUACUUGAAGAAUCGUCUUGUGUCUUGUCUGUAACAAAUCUCUAUUUUGUAUUUAUACCAUCCGCUCAAUAAAUGAGAUGAAAUAUC